GCCAAACUGUAUUCGUUUGUCAUCAACAAUGCAUCCAACACCAGCCGCAGACUGUGCGAGGAGGGAUUGAUUUCGAACUUAGCUGGCAGACCUCACUAGAAUGACUGUCUUCUCCAAGUUCGGUUGCCUUGGUAACCCCACUCAAAUGCUACAUGAGCUUGGUCGGGCAGUGGAGCGUGCGCGGCAUUGGAAGUCCACUUUCAAGCGGCAAUUCUUCCUCGCGGCAGUUUCGCUGGGGAAGUGUGAGCCCGGCAGCCAGCUGGUGGUCUACAAGGAUGGCGUGGAGUACAUCGGCACCCUGCCCGCAACAGCAAAGCCGUUCCUGCUCUUCGGCACGACGUUUGUCCCCAGCAGGCCGCGGGGGGCGCCGGCGCCCGAGAACCCCCCCGUGCCAGUGACCUUGAUGGAGCUCACGGGGUCCAAGUCAAAGCCCGAGCGGGCAUGCGACUACGUGCGGGAGGGCGGCGCCCUGCUGGUGCAGGAAAUCAUGGCGGGGCAAGAGGGGUGGCUGCAGGCAGACCUGAGCGGCAAGGCAAGAAUGCUGCUGGAGAUUGCCGCACUGGAGGGCGCUCCCACACCGGGCACCCUCGCAGCAAACAACCCCACUUACAACUACGCGGUCCGCGCUUUUGAGGAUGCCGCACAGGAGCUGACCAACAAGGCCGUGGCGCAGCAGCUGGCAGAGGAGCGGGCACAGGCACAGCAGCUGGCAGAGGCGCAGGCGCAGGUGCAGCAGCUGGCAGAGGCGCGGGCGCAGGCGCAGCAGCUGGCAGAGGUGCAGGCGCAGGUGCAGCAGCUGGCAGAGGCGCAGGCGCAGGCGCCGGUGGUACAGGGGUGGUCACCCGAAGACCAACAGCCUGGCGGCUCGGCUGGGCCCGCGGAGUACGUGCCGGCUACAGAGCUCACUGAGGCGGGCAGUGAUGCCGGCACCGACACGACACAGGACACAAAGCAGCUCGGCGCCGCCAGUACCCGCACCAGCGAGCCGCCUGCACGUCGCGUACCUGCUUCUUUGACCCAGCAGCGUAUGGCUGGGGAGGUCAGCAACAGUGGCGCAAGUGGUGACACAUGCACCACCGGCCAGGGCAGCGCAGAGGAGCAGUGCGCGGUUGGCCGCACCGCGUGGUCAACACAAUGUAACUGGACCGGUGAGAGGGCAUGCAUCCCCUGACAGCUAGAACGGCGGGCGGGGCAGGGCGGGGCGGGGCGGGGCGAGGCGGGGCGGGGCGGGGCCGGGUGGCGGGGCGGCCACAUUGGGAAGGUGAAUAUGCUUGUCAAUUAGGUUGUGUGGGAAAUAGAACAGGUUCAUCAGUGUGGCGGCAAGACAAACCAAGUUGACACGCGCUGUCACUCGUCUGGGUUCUGUUGUUGCACCCUAGCAUUCUUACGGCUUCGUCGUCAGGGUAAAAGCUUGUCCCCUUGACAUAUGAACAGUUUGUGUGGCGAGGUUGUCAUGACCAGGGACUGGAGCGAGAUCGGAGAUGGGCCAGGGCGGGCCCCCUGACACCUCAGCACUGUUUAGUCCAGAAGUUCCCGGUUCUAAUUAAGCCUA